UUAACAGGCAGGAUGAAGGUGAAGUGGACCAUGUUGGGCAUGGUGGUCUUCUUCUUGCUCUCCGUGGUUAUGACCUGCUGCUUCAUUUGGCAAUAUAGGAUCCCCAAGAUGAAGACAGAAGAGGACCUGAGAGAAGCAGCAGCUGAAGACAUGUGCCCACGUUACCCCGAGCCCUUACCCCUCAAACAUCCCAUCGUGGCCUUGAGGGUGGCUUUGGAGAAGGUCGAUGUCCUCCUGAGGAGCAGUGUGGACGCCAUCGAGCGUCCAGCGCUGUCUGCUAUUCUAGUUUUAAAUGACUCAGUUCUAUGGCUGGGUAAUUUUGGAAAGAAGAACACCAGCGAGCGGACGUCAGCCCCGCCCCAUGAGCACACAGUGUACAGAAUAGCAAGCCUCUCCAAGAUCUUUCCCACUCUGAUGUUGUACAAGCUGUGGGAAGAAGGACUUGUAGGCUCUCUCGAUGACUCCGUGGAGAAGUAUGCAGACAACUUCACCAUCAAGAAUCCUCUGGGAAGAAGUGCCGAGUCAGCAGCCACCUUCAAAAGACCUGCAAUUACUUUGCGAAGGAUGGCCAGCCAUCUCUCUGGAUUACCGCGCAGAUUAAGGUCAACUAAUCUCCUCUGGAGUGGAGACACACAAGCAGCCAUUCAUUUGUUACGAGAUGAUGUCCUUGUUGCGGACCCUGGAACAAAAUGCCACUACAGCAACGUUGCCUUUUCCUUACUGGCCAACGUCCUGGCCCACAAACUGACCGGAAUGGACUUUGAGAAGUGGCUUUUUCACAAUAUUUUGGCUCAGCUGGGCAUGAAGAACACUGGUUUCGACAUGAGUCCAAUGAUCCGGAGGCAGAUGGCGGUGGGUGUCUACAGCAACGGUGAGCCCGCCCCUCUUUACAACUUGGGCUGGUAUCGGCCCGCGGGUCAGAUGUACUCCACGACUGCUGACAUGGCCAAACUUAUGAUGGCCCUCCUGGGCUCCCACAGCAGGACGCUUCUCCGAAAGGACACUCUGAACACAAUGCUUGCCCUGGUUUUCCAGUGCCAGAGGGGCUACUUUGCCAACUACACAGGCACGCCCUGGGAGAUCAACCAGCAACUGGGCUAUGAUGUGGUAAGAAAGGAUGGCGACUUGGACGGAUAUGCAGCCACUCUCUCUCUUGUGCCACGGCUUAAAUUGGGACUGGUGAUCCUGAUGGCCGGAGUUCGACCUUCGGACAAGGAUUUGGUGAGCCUGAUCUACAGCCACCUCCUCCCUGCCGUGGAAGGCGCAUUUAGGGAUGCUGAACGGAUUCCUAGACCACCGCCUGACCCGGCUCCUUAUAUUGGCUUUUUCACUUACAAGAAUAUGACUUUCUAUGAGAUUAAAACGGGAUCAGAUGGAGCGCUGGUCAUGCAGCAGUUUGGACCACAGGUGGAGAAAAGUCUUCCAUCCAAAUACCAAACCCUCAGACUUGAAUACCUGCAGGACAGGGUGUUCAGAGUGGUGUUGAAGAGCCCAUACCCUUGUCAAUUAAAGUUCAACAGUGCCUCGGUCUCGCUGGAGACACAAGACAGACAACUCUUUAAUUUCUACCUCUUCAACAAGAAAGGUGUGUCGCCAGGUUUUGAUUCUCCAGGACUCAACACAUACAAAGUCAUGCGGAUAGCCAGCAGACCAUUUUUUACCACAUGAAGACUGAAUGUUGUCAUGGCGAUGACUACACCCGGGAUCAUUUGUAUGGUGAAUUGAUUGAUCUUACUGUGUGAGUCCGCUAUGUGAACUAGUACGCUACCAAUGGCCAUGUGAGUCUUGGAGCACUCACCUAUGUCUGCUUCAGGGAAUAAAACUAUUAAUUUCUUAGACAGACACCCAGGUUAGCCAAAUAGUCCUCAGAAGAUUCCA